AUGACCUUAGUCGCUACCCCCCAGGCGAUCUCAUACCCACCAUCACCGACACCCUCCGUGUUGUCCGUCUCGUCCGGCACGUCGUCGGUUUGGUCGGCUCGGUCAACAACAUCCUCGAAUGCUACCAGUGUGGCCUCGACGACCAUAGACAACUUCUCGGCGCCAUCGACCGCGAUACUACCGCAACUCUCCUCGCAAUCGAUCCUAGGACCUGAUGUACGAAGACGCGCUACAGCGCCGACUCCCAGAGGCUCCAUCGAUCAGCAGCAGCAGGGCGUACGGCACCCUCACCCAUGUCCGGCGUUGGACAUUUCUCAGAAACCGUUGCCCAUAGAGCAAAGGCAGAAUCCCAGAAGGACAAACCGACUCUUGGAAGCCAACAAUGGAAAUCCAUGCUCUGCCGCGGAAGGUUGCGUGAUGCCGCCGGUCCCUACCCUGCAGCGCCAAGCAGACAGGAAAGUCAACUUCGUCGAGAACCUUGUCGAUUCCGCAGCGCAAAUCGUGGAGACAAUCUGGCAACCGCCCAAGUAUGUCACUGCCCAGUCUGGGCCGAAGGAUGGAGUUCUACCAUUGCGGACUUUCAUCCAGGAGACUUUGCGGCGAUCGCGAACCAGUUACUCGACUCUACAAGUCGCGCUCUACUACUUGAUCGUUAUCCGACCCCAUCUUCCGGGCAUGGAUUACCAAGACAGCGAGCUUAACGCCGAGGAGGCACAGCUGGUCCGCGCUAAGCAAUGCGGCCGCAGGAUGUUUCUCGCUGCAUUGAUCCUUGCAUCAAAGUACUUGCAGGACCGGAAUUACUCUGCCCGGGCGUGGAGUAAAAUCUCUGGCCUCAAUACGCAGGAGAUCAACGUCAACGAGAUGGCAUUCUUGAAGGCUGUCGAUUGGAAACUUCACAUGUCGGAGAUGGUCUUUCAGAAGUGGACGGAUCUGGUACUGAAGUACACCUCGGCACCAUCGCCGUCACCGGUUUCGCCCAACAGAUCGAGUCCCUGGAGCGACGAGGAAAUGCGGAAGCGGGAAUGGUGUGGAUUGAUACUGUGCUUAUCACCUGACUUGCAUGAGGCGGACGUUGGAGGUUCGGAGAUCGCUCAGCCGAGGCCGUUGGCAUCGCAGGUCGAAUUCGGUCCCCCUCUCGUGUCCGUUCCACCGCCACCGCCGCCGCCUACCCUCCGAAAGACACACUCAAUGCCCACACCUGCCCUACCUGUGCCCCGCAGCCUCGAGCUGCAACAACAGAGAUCGAACGCUUUCACGGCGCUGCAUCAUCUGCACCAGUCGGCCCGCCCACGUCUUGUCAGUUCCGUUUCCAACGUUCACACUCCUGCAGCGAGUGUGAACGCUGGAAGCAGAUUGAACAGUGCUAUGGGAAUUUCGACGUCCAAAGUGAACUCUAUGGCUAGUGUUGCGAGAAGCGCAAUGAGUUCCGCUCUUUCCGGGUGUGCUCAGGAGGCUUAUCCCAGCGCCGAGACGGGCAGGCGGAGGUCAAUCACCAGUGUUGCUGACGAUCUGUCACCCCGGAGGAGUAAUCUGGCGACAUGCCUUCCACGGUGCGACGAGGCUGAAUCGGUGCCCACUCUGGCGAGCGCUAGCGUACCGGCAUUCAAACGACAAGACAGUUUGGGCAUGCAUCGCCUUGCUGUCAAAUGCUCCACAGCCGCAAUUUCCUCGCCGAACAUCAUCGCUUAUACUCCCAUGGGCUCUCCCGCAAGGCUUGCGCCGAUGAACUCACCGCAGCAGCAGCACCGCCUAGUCAUGGCGUCUCCCAAGUCCACCGAGGCUGCAUGGGCCCUGAACCUUCUCCGCGAGGCUCCCUCUCCCGCAACCAGCGUCGGAUCGCUAACGCCAACCCUUUCGUCAAUUGGACGUAAACGCUCGUGCCCGAGCGCUACGGACAGCAGUUCCCACUCCACGAGUGGGAGUUCCGGUGUGACACCGAAGUUUAGGGGAUUGGCGGGAUUCACGAGCCCGACUAUGCGCUACGCUGGUAGCCCAAUUAUUGGGUCUCCGUCAAUGGGCGAAAGAUGUGGCAAGCGUGCUCGAUCUGGCUGGGAAAUGGAUGGUCAUGGAGGAAUUCCGCAAGGCGUUCGAUAG